CACAGUUUUGCAGUUUUGGGGUUGGCGACCGGCGCACUGCACGCGUACUCCCCGACUGCCUGCAACCAUUUCAUAGCCAACUGUUCGCUCAUCUCGAUCCUCACUUGACCUAUUCCGAGUUCCCUUCCCUUCCUUUCCAGCCAGAAAGAUGUCCUAUCAGCAGCGCAAAUUGACACGGAGGAGCUCAGUCUCUCAACAUCGUAUCGUCCCCCCCGAUUUACGACAGUAUGUUCCGUUGGUCGAUCGAGACAAAACAGUCAAACGCUCAACAAAAUCUCCAAAUCGCGCAUCUGGUUUGAUUUACAAAUUGCGGCAGGGUGCUGGCAGGUUCAAACUCUGCCUGGGAGUUCUAUUGACCAGUCUCUUACUAUUUAGCUUCAUUCGCUGGAGAAAUGAAGUUAUGAACGAACGCCAUAGGAAGAUCAUAUCCAUUGCGCAGGACCAUAUGCACGACUGGAUGGGUAUCAAACAACCCCCCGGCUUGGUGAGCACUGCGGUAGGGCGACGCAAGUUUUUGGUCAAGGACUGGCAGUUAUAUCGGAGUUGGAAUGAGAUUCGUCAAGAGAUUGAAAACGCCUUGUUGCUCGCGACCUUGUUGGAUCGGGAGCUAGUCCUGCCAGCGUUCAUAUACGCGUCUGCAUGUCAAUAUGAGAUUGAGAGGUGUACCAAAGUUGCUCCGAUGCUGGUGCAAGACGAAGCUGUUGACAUUCGAACUCUACCAAAUAUUGAAAAUUAUCCAGAACCUGAUGAUGGGCUUCAUCACUUAAAACCUAGGCUUCCUACUCGAAAUGCUCGUGGAUGGGUAGUACCUCUUCAACAAGUCAUCGAUGUCCAACACCUGACUAGCAUAUCGAAGAAUGUCGUUGCGUUCAACACAUACCUCGACCUCGUAACAGCUAAUGGUCCAGAACCCGUCAGGGCCUCACUAGGUAUGGCUGAUGGUAAAUGGUCAACGGACUACAACCACAAGAUGAGCUAUCAUCGGAUUUCAGCAAGAUUUCUUGACUUCACAGAAUCACAAAAGGUCGAUCGCCUGCCACUAACUCAUUCACCUUUGUUCAUCAAACACUAUUUGACUGGUAAAAACGUCGGCUUGAUGCUUGAAGCUACUCCCGAGAUCAUGGCAAAAUGUGAACACGCACUCAUCACGAUUAGUAGACUCAACUCAAAUGCAUCACUCGCCAUGCAUCCGAUCACGGGAGUAAACGACGUGACAAAAGAAGCGAAGAUAUGGAAUGAUCAUCUUCUCACUUCUCAGCUGGAAAUUCCGGGGGGCCUGAAGAACCGCGAGGGUAUAUUGUUUGACAGUUGCCUAGCUACUACCGGGUUCAGAAGCGUAUUUGGAUUUAGAUAUCAUCAAUCGUCGGUCCCGGCUCAUUCCAAUGCGCAGGGAAUCACAGCUAUUGAUUUGCCGCCGGGAGGAAUGUUCUGGUCUACCCCUGAAGCACGAGAUAAAUUCACACAUACGACUAGAAAUGGGUUCAAGCUACCACAAGCAUACUUCGACUUGGCAACCAAGUUAGAGAUUAGGAUGCGAGAGAUUUGUGAAGGUAGAGCUUGGAGAGCGGCGUAUCUUUCCAACAGUACCUGGGCUCCAAACCUUACAAGCAAUAGUCAUGAAAAAGAAGUGGAUUUUUUCACGAUUUUCAAAACACAUCUUGAUGACUCCGUUUCUACGCUAACGAACCAUCCCAAGCUCCUGAAACCCUUAUACCAGUCAUAUGAAACAAGCAAACUACCUCCGAAAAUCACAGAUCCGAUCUAUCUUUCCACUGACAUGGACAAAUCAAUCUUUCAAACCCUUCACAAACAAGGGCAAAUCGUGACAUUGGAAGACUUAGUGACUGAUGAAGACCGAGAGAUGUUCAGUGCAUUCGUAUUCACAGAUGCUAUUCAGUUGGUUGAGCAAUUAUUACUCGUUCAAGCCGCUUAUUUCUGGGGGCAGGCAUCAUCAACUUCUGGUUGGGUGGUCAAUCAACGGGAGGCAAUCGGACUCGACCAAAAUUUGUCGAAAAUUGUGGAAAAUCGUCCAGAACAUGUAGCUUAAAUUCUGAUACCAUAUUUAUUCCAUGUAGAACAAGCUUGUCUCAGUCUCGCCAUAUUUUUCUUCAAGCGCUGAGACUUUCUGGCCUGGCUCUAUAAAUGACAUGAAUGACAUACCGAUACAAUUUUCUCUUUUU